GUAGAAGGACUUCCUUUGAGUUGACAACAAGCACGAUAAAGGGGCAGUGAGUUUAAGUCAGUCAUAAUUCAGCACUGUAUUUAGUAAAGGGCAGAAUUAACAAUUUGAUCAAGCCGCCAUUUUUUGUGUGUAUUGUGUCGCCUUUAACCCAGUUUGCCAGAUAUUUUUGAUCCGUUGGGUUUGUUUCCUCGUCACUUGUAUGACUUACACCUGAAGACCAAUGUGGAAGAAGUGAUAAUCAGAUCGUGCCACAAAAUGUGUAUAAUCUUCUUCAAGUUUGAUCCCCGGCCUGCUUCCAAAAAUGCAUACAGACUAAUUUUGGCUGCAAAUAGAGACGAGGUCUACAACCGACCAUCAAAAGUGGCACAUUUCUGGGGAACCAACGGGGAGAUCCUCAGUGGACUGGAUCAGGAGUGUGGAAAAGAAGGUGGGUCAUGGCUGGGGAUCAACAAAAGAGGCAAGCUGGCUGCACUCACAAAUUAUAUGGAAGGAAAUCAAAACUCUGAUGCAGCAGGGAGAGGGUUUCUAGUGUCCAACUACCUUAUGGAGAAGGAUUUAGACAGCUACUCGUACCUGAAGAAGGUUUCCACAGAGGGACACCUCUACAACGGCUUCAACCUCAUCACAGCAGAUUUCAAAGCCAAACAAGACACACUGUGUUACUAUGGAAACAGAGGGAGCCCCGAACCCAUCCGUCUAAAUCCAGGAAUCUAUGGUUUAAGUAAUUCUCUGCUGGACACUCCAUGGAAGAAGCUGCUGCAAGGCAAGCAGCACUUUACCAACAUCGUCAAUGACCAGUCUCUGUCCUGUGACGGACUGGUGCAGGAGCUGCUCACUGUCCUUAAUAAUGAAGAGCUGAAUAUACCUGAUCCAAUUUUGGAAAGCCAUGGAAGUUUUUACAGUAAGCCACUGAUCGAAGCUUUGUCAUCUGUGUUUGUCCGCACCCCUAAUUACGGCACAAGGACCAAUACAGUCAUUCUUAUAGAUGCAGAAGGGAAUGUCACCUUCACAGAGCGCACCAUGCUGGACAGUGAUGCAAAUAAAUGGAGGACCAGUUCUUUCCAGUUCAACCUGCAGGAUUAAAGUCAAGAAAAAUGAGACCCACUGUGCCUUUCUGCAACACCUGUCCUUCAACUCCUGUCUGCUGCUGUCCUUCAGCGGCUCGUCAUCAUGUCAACAUGGAGGAUGAUUUUCUUGAUAUCAACUAAAGUACAUAUAAAAACUGUGUGCUCCUUUACAACAAAUAAGCCAAAGAGCAUUUUUUGUGCAAACAAUAAUUGACAAAAAUGUUAAGUUUCUUUAGUUUGAUCUUCUACAGAUAUACAAAUAUAGAAUUUUUGGAUGAAAUAUAUUAUUUUCUGUGUCAGCUGUUUUUCCUUGAAUCGAUGACGGGGAUCGUAUGCCACAGUUUUAGGAAACCGUUGUUACUGGAUGAGAUCAAAACGUUUCAGGUGAAAACACCAGUUUUUUCUGUAGCAGAGUAAUUUAUAGUUACUUAAAAACAAAAAUCAUUUAUCCAAACAGGCAUUUGCAUUGAGGCAUCAAAGCUUUGUGUGAUUCUCUGGAUUUGUUUAAAUGUAUUUAUCUUUCUUAUCUCAUUGCUCAUCCGGGUGUUUGGACCCUAAGGCAACAAUACAUUGAAAAUAUAUAUUUUUUAACAAGCUAAGUAAAGCUUUAAGAUUAUGAUUGGUUGUGAAAUAUUAUUUUUGAUAACAAAAAAAUCCAUUCAAGGUCUUUCAAAACAUCAGGUUAGUUUUUAUCUUCAUAAUCUGAAGAAUGCAGCUGGUUAAAAUGUAAUUUAUUUCCUUAAUAGGCUUCUCUCCUAAUCUAAGUUAUGCAGUGGGCUUAGAUAUUUUUGGUAUUUAUUGAUAGUGACAGUCAUUUCAAUGCCCAUCCCUAAUAAACAUGUAUUUUUAAAUA